ACGCCUCACUCCUUGGAGCCCAGUCUGAGGGAGUGUCGCAAAAGUUGCCCGUUUAGGGACUUUACCCUUUGGCUUCCCAAAGGGGAGAACUGGCUAAAUAUUUGCACUAAAAAUAAUACGAAUCCGGUUUCUCACUUUCCAACAACCCUCCGCUGCUUACACUUGGAAGGACACGUGAAUCACCUCUCCCAGGUCCCGAAAGGCGCAGCAGGUUGAUAGUCUCUUGGUCCCUGACAGUCUCCGCCUUCCUUGCUGCCCCGCCCCCUCUGCUGGAUCCUGCACCGCCGAUUGGCUAGAAGCACUUGAGCGGCGGAAGCAGCUGGCUCGCGCGGGGACUUGGGGGAGGGGGCGAGCCGCGAAGAUGGCGGCAGUGGUGGAGGUGGAGGUUGGAGGAGGUGCUGCUGGGGAACGGGAGCUGGAUGAGGUUGAUAUGUCAGACCUUUCCCCAGAGGAACAAUGGAGGGUCGAGCAUGCACGCAUGCAUGCCAAGCACCGCGGUCACGAAGCCAUGCACGCUGAAAUGGUCCUCAUCCUCAUCGCUACCUUGGUGGUGGCCCAGCUGCUCCUGGUGCAAUGGAAGCAGAGGCACCCCCGCUCCUACAAUAUGGUGACCCUCUUUCAGAUGUGGGUUGUCCCCCUCUAUUUCACAGUGAAGCUGCACUGGUGGAGGUUCCUAGUGAUCUGGAUCUUUUUCUCUGCUGUCACAGCCUUUGUCACCUUCCGAGCCACCCGAAAACCUCUAGUCCAGACAACCCCAAGGUUGGUUUAUAAGUGGUUCCUGCUGAUCUAUAAAAUCAGCUAUGCCACUGGCAUCGUUGGCUACUUGGCUGUCAUGUUUACUCUCUUUGGUCUUAACUUAUUAUUCAAGAUCAAACCAGAAGAUGCCAUGGACUUUGGCAUUUCUCUUCUCUUCUACGGCCUCUACUAUGGAGUUCUCGAACGUGACUUUGCAGAAAUGUGUGCAGACUACAUGGCAUCUACCAUAGGGUUCUACAGCGAGUCGGGCAUGCCUACUAAGCAUCUUUCGGACAGUGUGUGUGCCGUGUGUGGGCAGCAGAUCUUUGUGGACGUCAGUGAAGAGGGCAUCAUCGAGAACACGUAUAGACUGUCCUGCAAUCACGUAUUCCACGAGUUCUGCAUCCGGGGCUGGUGCAUCGUGGGAAAGAAACAGACGUGUCCCUACUGCAAAGAGAAGGUAGACCUCAAGAGGAUGUUCAGCAACCCCUGGGAGAGGCCUCAUGUCAUGUAUGGGCAACUGCUGGAUUGGCUUCGAUACUUGGUAGCCUGGCAGCCUGUCAUCAUUGGUCUGGUGCAAGGCAUCAACUACAUCCUGGGCCUGGAGUAGUCAGGAGGAGCGCCAGUGGAGAGCACACCCACCCGCCAUGGACCUCGGGGCACUCUCCUCCCUGCCCACGAAGACCUCCUGGGUGGGAAGGACUCAGAGGGGUGCUUGGGCCACUCGGGACCCCUCCGGCUGUGUCCGAACUGGGGAGGGAUAUGAUGGAGAGCCAGCCAGUGGGGCUGUCAGCAGUGGGGGGCUUUUUAAAAGAAAACUAUUUUGAUGAAUAUAUUUAAAAAACCUUUUUUAUUGCGGAGCACAGGAAUGCCCCUCUCCAGGUUUCACCCUCCCUGCCUGAGCAGGGUAGGAGCAGAGCCAUGAUAUUUUUGGCUUAAAGGAGCCUUCUCACUUCUGGCUCAGAGCACUGGUGGCUUCCCAGGUAGCUGAGAGCCUCAGCCCACCCUCUCCCCUCUCCAUCCCUCUGUGGGGCUCAGGCUGGUACCAUGGGUGAGCACUGAGGGCCCAGGUGUCUUCCCUGCCCUGCUGUGUGGGACACGGGACGGGUGUUGUGCCUGACCCUGCGUCCCCCCUGUCCAGGAGCUAUAGGCUGGUUGAGGCAAAUGGAACCUCAUCAGUGACUUUUCCAGCAAGGGAAGUCCUGGGGCCUCAAAAUUCAUGGAGGAUUCCUUUUGGGACAGCUGGAAGAAUCAGCACUGUGGAUAACUUGCCCUUGAGCGAGGCUGUGGUCAGUCAAGAACAGAGGCCACCUCUAUAUAAUCGGACCCUGGGGCAAUUGUUGGCAGUAAUGAUUAAGGCCCCCUUGUGCAAACUGAUUCUUCAGUCGAUCCUUCAGUGGAGUGAUGGCAUGUGCCAAAGGCCACUCUGCCACAUCACUUCCUUCCUGAAAGCCUGAGUAAGAAUGCGUAUGCAUGUACUUGUGUAUGUGUGUGUGUGCACGUGAGGCAGAAGGGUCUGACUGAGGUCCACUUCCCCUGUCAUCACAUGAUGUGUCCUUGAAGCUGGCAGGGGAUUCCCAGCUCAGGAAGGAUCCCUACAUGAGUUUUGUCAUUCAUGGGUCUCCCUGGGCCUGACAGCCGGAGUGGUGGGUGUGGGAAGAGGAACAAGGCCUAGGUCCGAGUACAGGUUCUGAAAAGGUGCUUCUAGGCAGUCGCAGCCCCAGUUCCAGGAGUGUUGAGGAAAGUGAGAGGUCGGACAUGGGCCUUCAACGCCGGGUUUCCCAAAGGGAACGUGGCCCAGCAGGGCCUGCCCUUCAAGGGCAGCAGGAACCAGGCAGGAUCUUGUUGCUCCCAUCUGAAUAAAGCUCCGUGAGCUGGGUUGGAAA